UCAACUUGUGCGGAGCAUCUUUCUCUCGAGAAUCUCCGAAAAUUUGAUGAUAACGGUGUCUAAAUUAAGCUCAACAAUGCUCUUCCGGAUUAGAACGAUACCAUGAUUCACGUUUGUUCAAAUCAUGUCUCUCCAGCAUCUGGUCGCAUUGAUUUGCCUCUUCCCAUCUGUAUUCGGCAGCAUCCGAGAAUUAGAAUGCCCGUCGAUCGCUCCAGGUCACCAAAACUCCAGCAGCGUCACCGCGUUAAUUCUAGCUCGCGGUGGUUCCAAGGGAAUCCCUCUGAAAAAUCUCGUCCCAAUCAACGGAGAACCACUCCUCAUUCGCUCGCUACGAAUUCUGCUCGAAUUUGAUCGUUUCGCAUCGAUUUGGGUAUCAACCGAUGACGAUCGAAUCGCAUCUUCCGUUGAGGAUCGCUUUUCGUCUGAUCAGGUCAGGAUUCACCUGAGACCACCCGUACUGGACACCACCCCGUCUAUAGAGUCAACGCAGGAGUUUAUCCGGAUGCAUCCGGAAGCGACCAACGUUGCGCUGAUUCAGUGUACUUCACCGUUUUUGAAGGUUCGCUACCUUGAGGAGCUUUUAGAAAAGUUUGAACCUUCAACGGAUUGCGUGUUCAGCGUGACGCGGAGUUACAAACUUCGGUGGAGACGGGACGCUUCACGAAGAGGAGCGGUUGUUCCGGUGAAUUUCAAUCCCGAACGGCGUCCUAGACGACAGGACUGGGACGGCGAGUUGCUGGAAGCGGGAAUGUUUUACGUGGCACGACGGGAAUUGCUGUUGACGGGACGAUUCCAGAACGAUCGCUGUCAGGUCGUGGAGAUCGAACCCGGGGAUGCGCUGGAGAUCGAUACAGUGGAAGAUUUGGAAUUGGCUGGAGUGAUGGUCGAUUUAAGGAAUAAACGAUGA